UCUGCGGGGCGGGACGCUGGGGGCGGCGGGAGCAGCGGGAGCAGCGGCAGGAUGCCGUACGUCCUCAUCAGCACGCAGAUCCGCUUGGAGGUGGGCCCCACCAUGGUGGGUGAUGAGCAUUCGGAUCCCGACCUGAUGAGCUUCCUGGGGGCCACGAAGAGGAACAUGCUGGGGAACCACUUCUGGGAGUACUACGUGAACGAUGCACCGCGCGUCGUCCUCAACAAGCUGGAGAGCCGCGGCUACCGCGUGGUGAGCAUGACCGGCGUGGGGCAGACCCUGGUCUGGUGCCUCCACAAGGACUAGCGGGGAAGACUCCGGCGCUGCUCCUGGAGCACAGCCUGCUGGGGCUCGUCUCGCCCAGGACUCACAGCAAACAUUCCCCGUCAUUCCCUUCUGUCCCAGACUCCAGGCACUCGGGCGCAGGGGAGGAGCACUGAGAGGCAAAACAAGACCCAAGGGGACCUUGCCACCCCUGCCAUUAGGCAGGGCCAGGGGCAGGUGAGCCCAGCCCAGUGCAAUCAGCCCACAGAGCUGGCUCCAUCUCUGCACUGAGCUCAAUGGCAGCCUGGCUAACACCAUCAUCUUUUCACAUUUUAAUCAUGCCCUCUUUAGCAUGCACUGGAGGGAGCUUGAUACAGACCUGUGUGCUCCUCAGGGCUGAGCUGAGGUCAGGGCAUGUCUUCUCCCAGGCCAUAGAUGCAGCCAAACCUGGGUGGCAAACCAGCUCAUCCCCAAAACAUGAGCAGGAACAGCAGAACCGACACAGUGCUCCCUGAGCAUCCCUUCAUGGGGAGCAGGGCGGUUUCCGUCCCACACGGGGUUGUGGUCAGGAGCACCAUCAAGUGCAUCAAUGACCAUCUGAGUGUUACAUAUCAUUCCUGAAAUAGCCUUAGAGCAGCACAGAAGGGUUUCAUGAACACUUCAGGUACAGGUCUGUCACCCUAGCAGCAGUGCUGGAUGGUCUGGGACUGUAUCAAUCCUGCCGAAGGGGUACCACCAAUAAACCAUUUCUCUGAAGAG